AUGUUCGCCCUUUCCGAGGAGUCCAAGGAGCGCAUCGCUAAGCUCAUCGACAUCUCCCGCGUCGCCAUCCACUAUGGCUACCUUCCCCUGAUCCUCUACCUCGGCUACACCCGCAGCGACCCCCGACCCUCCCUGCAAUCCCAUCUGUACUUUAUGCCCGACCUCAACCAUGCGGGUCUCUCCCCCGCCGUUAUCGAGUCCCUCGCCGGCCUCAGCGCCGGCACCGUCGCCACCUUAGUCGUCCACCCGCUGGACAUUGUCAAGACUCGCAUGCAAAUCUACCGCAACUCAAUGCCCUCGGCAGUCCGUCCCACGACCGUCUCGCUGCUGCGCUCGCUGACGGCCAACCCGCACCCGCUCGCCUCGCUGUACCGCGGCCUGACGCCGAACCUCGUCGGGAACGCCUCAAGCUGGGCGUCCUUCUUCUUCUUCAAGUCGCGCUUCGAGCGUGCUCUCGCCGCGUACCAGGGCCGCCCGCGCCCGUCGCCCGGUGACUACUUCGCCGCGAGCGCUCUGGCCGGCGCGUCGACUGCCGUGCUGACGAAUCCGGUCUGGGUGCUCAAGACACGCAUGGUGUCGUCGGAUCGUCAUGCUGUCGGCGCGUAUCCGUCCAUGUUGGCCGGCGCUCGCACUAUCCUCGCUACCGAGGGCCCGCGCGGCUUCUACCGCGGCCUCGCCGUCUCUCUCAUCGGCGUGUCGCAUGGCGCCGUGCAGUUCGCCGUGUAUGAGCCGGCCAAGCGGUGGUACUUCAAUCGCCGGCAUAACCUAUACGGCAUUGACGAGAGCGCGCCCAUGAAGCCCGAGGCCACCGUCGCACUGUCGAGCGCGGCCAAGCUGGUCGCCGGCGCCGUGACGUACCCGUACCAAGUGCUACGGAGCCGGCUGCAGAACUACGAGGCGGAAGCGAGGUUCGGGCGCGGGUUCCGCGGCGUGGUAGCGAGGAUCUGGAUUGAGGAGGGACUACGAGGCUUCUAUCGCGGCCUGGUUCCCGGCGUGGUGAGAGUGAUGCCGGCGACAUGGGUGACGUUUUUGGUUUAUGAGAACGUCAAGUACUAUCUGCCGCGGUGGAUUGCUUAG